AUGCACACGGCGCUAAAAGAACGGCUGGUGAAAGGGACAACUGCAGCCGUAGGCUCUGUUGAUGAAUCAAACAUGAACGCUGAGGUUAAAAAUUAGAAGGCUUUAGCAAAUUUCACAACUUCUCUUUCGAGGGUGAAGGCAUUCGUGUCUGGCGAUGUAAUGGCAUUGGCAGCGGGAAGUUUUUUCCUUACAAGUCUUUAAUUGUGAAACCGCAAAAAUCACCGUCGCUCAUUACCAAGGAGCCAUUUUUCCCCAUCGACGUGUCUCGAGUCCUUAAACCAGAGACGAAAACCAAGCCUAAAAGCGCAACUGUUUUUGUUUGUCCCGUGCCUGGCUGCACAAAAACUUUUGCAAGAUUUUCAGACUUUGAACUUCAUUUAGAUGUAAGAGAGCACGUGGUACAAAACGAACCGGCCGAUCUGCAACAUAAUAUAUAUGAUAAACUAAAACGAGACUGGGUUGCUAUGCUAUGCUAUGAUCGUCAAACCCAGCAUUGCCAAACUGAUUCAACAUGA